AUGGAUAAAAAAUAACUAUCAGUAUAAUUAAAAGUCACCAAACUUUUUAAAGGACAUGGCCGGCAGUGAAAAAAAAUACUAAACACUUUUAUUAUCUUACUAUCAAUCGAGAUAUUUUUGAGAAGGUGUCUAUAAAAGUCAUAAGCCACCACCAAAAGCGUUUCACUCUUCACAUCCCUCUCUACAAAAUAAUAACUCAAGAGCAACCAAAAAGAGAAAAAGAAAGUGAAAAUAAAUAAAUAAGAAGAUGGUUCUGCUAGAGAAGCUUUGGGAUGAUGUGGUGGCCGGACCUCAACCAGACCGUGGUCUUGGCCGCCUCCGUAAGAUCACCACCCAACCCAUUAAUAUCAGAGGAGAUGGAAGCAACAAGGUGAUGAAUAGGUCGUUGACCAUGCCGGCGGUCGUGAGCCCCGGAACUCCGACUACUCCGACCACUCCGACGACGCCACGUAAAGAUAACGUGUGGAGGAGCGUAUUUAACCCGGGAAGCAACCUCGCCACGAGAACCAUCGGCUCCAACAUCUUCGAUAAACCCAACCACCCAAACUCUCCAUCCGUUUACGACUGGUGAGCUCAUUAAAAAAAAAAAAUUAUCUAUGUUAUCAUAUGAUUAUGACUUCUAUCUUUAGGACUUGAAAGUUCGAAAAAAAUAAAAAUAAAAAUAGUUAGGACUUCAUCUUAGAAGUCAUAUUAUAGAUAAACAAGUCAUGUGAUCUGGUCAGCUUUUAGGAAUUAUGACUUUUGAAACGAGUUAGGGGACCGAACCGGAUGAAUCUCGUAAGGCUUAAGUUUAUGAUUUUUUUCUUUUUUAAUAUUUACAGAAUAUUUUGGUAAUGAGUUAUUUAUGUGUCAGCGAUGGUAACGAAGCUCAAAGGAAGGAACACGUGGCUCUGUGUUUAGUGGGCGCGUGGAUAAAAUGAAUAGAAACAAAAAAAAAGAUUAUUAUGUUUUACCAAUUCAUCAGCAACCUUCCUUUAUUGUGCAUAUAUAUGGUAUAAUCAUGAGCUCUAACUUCGUAGUAACCAAAUAUGGAAAAGCUAUAUUUUUACUAUUCAGAAUCGAUGAGUUAAAAAGAUCAGAAGUUGAUGAUUCACUAGUUGAUCGCACGUGUCGCAGGUUGUACAGCGGUGAGUCAAGGAGUCAGCACCGUUAAAAGGCACAGAACAGAAGGAGUGAUGUAAGAGAUUGGUGUGUAGAUCUUCCGCUACGUGUCUGUUUUACUUACUUUUACCACCUUUUCGUUUUUGUUAUCAGAGUGUGGAUAAAGUGACGGGGAGGUUUGCUUUUGUACAUAUAACUGUCUUCCACUUACGGAAUGCGUUGCCACGUGUUUACUUCUGGUCUAGGGCUGUGUUUUGCAUGUUAUUUAUUUUGUAUCUCGAGUCGUGGUCGUGUAGUUGCAAGUGGCGGUUGAAUCUUCACCAUCUCGUUGGAUUUUGACGGUGGGAAUGCGUCUGCUUUUAUGUUUUAUUUUAUGUUUAUAAAAUCUUGUUUUAUAUCAUGUUGUUUUAUCAAUUUUACGUAAUAUACUCCACUAUGUAUAAUAAUCAUCUAAAUCACUUAAAAUCUACAAGCUCUACUAGAAAUCUCAAGAGAGAGACUUUUCCAAUGUCCAUAUACCUAAACGAGAACAAAACUUUCUCCAGCUGAUGAUUGUUUCUAUGAUCGCCCAAGUCUUCACCUUUUAUAUAUCGUUGUAUUGGAUAUAGAUUUCAUAUCUUGUGAAUAUCCUUUUCUUGUAACUAUCUCUUACGAAACCUUGUACCUGUAAUAUACUUGUGUUAAUCUCUUAAUAAAGUAGUUAAGUUUAAU